AUGGCGAUCGGACGUCCUAGAGGUGGAACUAAUAGCUUCCUUGGGUCGGCAGAGCCUUCUAAAUACUAUGGGAGCCACCUUCACCCAGAUCGAACAAAGGAUUCCGCGAGCUCACGAGCAACAGUGUUCCCAGCUGAUGGAUUUGAUGCAAAUGCUGAUAGCGAGGCAUUGAAGGCCUCCAUGAAGGGUUUGGGAACUGAUGAACAAGCCAUCAUUGACAUCCUGGCUCAUAGGUCGAUAGAACAAAGACUUGAAAUUGCUGACACCUACAAAACACUUUAUGGAGAAGACCUUAUUGACAACCUGAAGAGUGAAUUAGGUGGAAAUUUUGAAGAUGCUAUAGUCUCCCUCAUGACAUCCUUACCUGAUUUUUAUGCUAGAGAAGUUCAUGAUGCCAUUGCAGGAAUUGGUACUGAUGAAGAAGCACUUGUUGAGGUACUUUGUACUCUUAGUAAUUAUGGAAUUCGUGCUAUUCAAGCUGCUUAUCAAAAACUAUAUGAUUCUACAAUGGAAGAUGACAUCAAGUCAGAUACAUCAGGCAGUUUUAGAAAGCUCCUGGUUUCUCUUUGUCAGGCUAACCGCGAUGAAGAUCUGGAUGUCGAUGGUGACGCAGCAGUCGCUGAUGCUCAAGCUCUUAUUGAUGCUGGAGAAGCUCAAUGGGGCACUGAAGAGUCAACUUUCAAUGCGGUUCUUGUCUCCAAAUCUUACCCAUACCUUCGCAGAGUUUUUCAGGAAUAUGAAAACUUGACUGGUAAUCCAAUCGAGGAAGCUAUUAAAAGUGAAACUUCUGGAGCACUGGAGGAUGGAUACCUAUCUAUUGUGAAAAGUGUCAGAAACAAGUCUCGCUACUAUGCUGAAAGGUUAGAGGAUAGCAUGGCAGGAAUGGGAACCAAAGACCGUUCAUUAAUUAGAAUAGUCGUUGGGCGUUCUGAAAUUGACCUUGCUGAAAUAAAAGAAGAAUACCAGGCUUUGUAUGAAACUCCUUUAGCUGAUCGCAUUGCUGGAGAUACUUCUGGAGACUACAAACGGCUUUUGCUGGCAUUGGUGUCGUAAUCAGCACCUUGCAUGAGCAUGUCUUGCCAAAAAAAUGAUUGUGGAUCUGAUUUCAAAAAUCUACUGAUCGCACUGAUUUCAUAAGGAGAAGAAAGAAGAAAACAUAAUUUUGUUGAUAUUUGAUAAAUGUAUUAUUUAAAUUUAGUAAGCAUAUUUAGUUGUUGCACUUAUUCAAUGGGCAAUAUCUAUCACUCAAGAACUGCUUUCAUGUUUUAAAUAGAAACAUAUUAUCUAUUUCUUUUUUUGAUUUAUAGAAUUAAUGUUGUGUAUGAAUUCAUAAAAUGAUAGACUGCUAAGCGAUAGUUCUAUUUAAGUUGAAGGUAUGUGCUUAGAUGCCUUUUGGAAAUUUAUUUCUAUUUUUAAUUUAGGAAAAAAAUUUAAAGCUUUACUACUAUUGUAUAUUAGAGAGCAAAAGGAAGUAUUGCAUAAAAAACCUCAUAAUCAAACAACAGUUAUCUUUUUGAACUCAUCAAGCAUGAAUUAAUUCACAAUUAAACUAUUAAGACAAUAUUUUAAAAUAAACAUCCCCUAUUCAAUAGGUUCCUUUUGCUGUAGGUUAAGAAAACAAAAUAUUUUUAUAGAGGUAUCUAUAUGUAUUUGAGCUCUUCCUGAAUUAAAUAAAUCAUAUAUAUUUAUUUUACUUCAAAUCUUGUUAAAAUUCUUGAUUUGUUUUUAUUUUUUAAAAUAUAUUUUCUAAUUUAAGAAAACCUUCACUUAUUUCAUUGCAUGUUUUUGAUAGCUGUUAAAACUAGGAUUCAUAAAGAAAUAUACUUUGUUAAUCCAGUACCAGAAAAGUGCUGACAAAAGUUAUGCAGUAAUAUUAUAAAAUUUAUUAUUUGCCAUUUUAUAUUUGUAAUAAAAAGUUAAAUUAGAU